CCCACCCACGCAACAGCUAUUCCCGUCGGUAUUCACAGCAACUUCCUUGGCCCAGUACACUUUCCUUCCUCGAACUCGGCCUUUCUUUCUCCUCUUGAACCUGGGGUCGUUUUCCGCUAACUCAGCCGCCUUGUCUUUCGUCAGAGACAUCCUCAACCGCAUCAUCCCCUGGCGCUGGCGCCCUUCCGCGCUCUUCUUACGUCGGUUCUGGCAUCUUCAUGGUCAGAAAGUUCUGCGAACUUUUCUUGCUUGUUGUGUGCUUGGGUUGCUUGUGGUUGCUUUCAAAGUUUCGUCCAGGUUGCUUUCCAGAGAAGAAGCAGAAGGAUCUGGACAAGAUGUCCUUGACUCCGCCUCAGACACCUCAACGUCCCCGUCCGAGUAGGUUUAUCUACCCGCCGGAGGUGCAUAGGUCCAAAGAGAGAGUUCAAGCGACUCUCCAGUCCAUCAUCAACCCUCUCUUCGACCUCCUCUACAUCAUUUACCAGGGCCACCCCUACACCCGCCCGGAAAACAUCAUCCAAACCCUCGACCGCAUCCAAUCCGACUACAUGCGCCAACUCACCUCGCACUUCUUCAUCUCCCCCGUUUCCGAACAGCCCCUAGCGCUUUACAAACUCCGCCAUUACUUUGGUUGCUUGGAAGACAUCUUUGAAGACGAAUUUUGUGGAAUCGAAGGUGAUCUCUUGAACGAAUACCCUACAAAGGCGAUCAAGGCGGCUGCCAGAGCUGGAUGGCAUGAGAGGAGGUGGCAGGGGGUGGUGGGAAGGAUGGUGCGGGACGGAAGCUUGAGGAAGGACUGGGGAGAGAUGCGCUUGGAGGAUUUUGUGAAGGUGGCGACGAAUUACAUGGUUUUUCUGGUCAGUUUGAAGUUGGCAGGUGUUGAGAGGGACAGUUCCCUUAAAUCUAAGAAGCCUCCUUCUAUCAAGGAUAUUACUCGUCGUACUAUCAAUAAGGACGAAUCUUCUAACAGUAGAGAAAGAAUUCAAUAA